GGCACCGGGGUGGUAUUAUCAUAUAUCGUUGGUUAUUCGUUAAUAAUUUCAAUUACUUGGUAAAACGGAAUAAUGUUGCAAUUACGUGCACUCAAUGAAGAUCAGGAAGAUAGUUGUAGCAGCAAUGAGAAUGAACUGCAAGUUACUGGUGAAGCUGAGGAAACAAUAGUGGUUAUAGAAUAUUUAAGAGCCUUGAAUUUGAAACUAACGAAUCAGCAAGAACAUGCUUUUCAUAUAUUUUUGGAACUACUUGAAACGGAAAUGUUGGAUAAGACCUUUGUAGACAAAACGGAUAAACUGUUUUUAGUCAAGUACAACUGUUAUCGGAAUGUGGGGCUAAUAUACAACGAAAAACAACAACAGAAGUUUGCACUAAAUUACUUGAUUAAAGCAGUUGAAAUGGAUGAAACGGAUAUACAUACUAUGCAUUACUUAGCAAAUCUAGCCCUCAAUAUCGAUCAAGUUCAGUUAGCCAAACUGUAUUAUGAAAAAUGCAUAGAACAGAAUCACAGCCAUUGGCCUAGCCUGGAUGGUAUGCUACAAGUGUUUUGUUCAUCAGGAAAUAUUAUCGAAGCAUUCGCAUGGGCAAUGCAUUGUUUUAGAAAGGAUACGCAUUAUAAGCGUGCUAUUCGGGCGUUAUCUGAAAUUUCGACACGGUUCGCUACCUCUAUUUACUUUUUGAUAGAGUUAUUUGAAAUACGUUUCAAACUCGACGGAUUUAUUGUAACAACUGCUAAUACAUUGGGUUCAAACCAUUUCCCCAGUAAAUGUAAGGCUUUCCCAACAAAAAAUCAAUUGCCAGUUUUUGAUUACACAGAAAACAAAAUUCACAAUCUUGAUUGGUUGACUUUAGGAAACUUUCUUCUGCAGAUGUAUACACAUACAAAAUCAAUAAAUCAGGAAUGUCCAAUUUUGUUUGAAUUGAACGACCUUAUUGGAAAAUUUUUUUUCACGGAUACCUUCAAAUAUCGCAAUGAUAAAACAACGAAGUCAUUACACUCGGCAUCCGAUAUAGUGCUUUCUGGAAUCAACAUCAAAGCUUCAAACAUGGAUCUAACAACUGAAUUGGAAACAAAAAGUCGACGUCGUGGAAGUGAAUUAAAAAUUCUAGAGCAAUGGGGAUGGCACAAAAGUCGUCGAUCAUCGCGUAAAAAGAGUGUAUAUGAUUUAGUAGAUCCUAUUGAAUCAACAGCCGAUGGAUUCCUGAAAAGAGCACUUAGUAAAUAUUUUGGAGUUUCAUUCGAAAAUAAAAUUUCACCAUUCUCUGGAAAUAAAUUUGAUAGCGAAAAUGAUUUUUCUAACCAGCUAAAUCAUUCACCAACGUGCUCAAAUGAUCAGUUUAUUGAAGACAGUGGAGAUAAAUUUGAAAUCGUUAUUAAGGAGCUGCAGAACGUCGAAUUCGACUUGUUCAUAUCAAUAAAACUUUAUGUACACUCGAUAUCAUCCUAUUGGGAUAAAUAUAUUCCAACCGAUUUGCGUGAGAUUUUUGAAGGUUUAUUCAAAUUAUUUUACGAAUAUCAAUGCAGCCAGACAUGGAACCAACUUUCGGCAGAAGAAAUCUCAAAUACAUUUAGAACUGCAUUGUUUUAUCUAGAACUUCUCUCAGAUCGCAAUCAACAAUUCAAUGAGAAAAGCGAGACUGGUCGCGAUUGCCGCAAUCUGUUGAAUCAUUUGCGACUUUAUUCAGUAUACUUACCCGAAAAAGAUUACAUUUUGCUUUACACAAGAUAUAUAUGGUUGAACUACGUAGUUUUGAUUAACGAAAAUAAUUCAGAAGCUGCUUUACAGAUGCUUUUGCAGUUGAAGCAGGUGAUGUCAAAUCUUCCCCAGACGUUUUAUGUUUUCUUACCUAAUCAGCGAAAUAAUACAUUUUACAAACAGAGCUUUAUUCAACAAUUAUGCUCAUCCUUAACACGAAAAAUUAAUCUGGACAACAUAAAAUACUUGUACGACAUGAAGAAGUAUGAGGCAGUUGUUGAUAUAUUAAAAGAUAAUUUGAUGUACGUACCGGAAACACCCAUUAACGACGAAUUAUUAUGUACAGCUAGUCAAAUAGAAAUAUUGUUGGAAUGUCUUUGGAUGUUGGAAAGAUUUAAGGAUUGCAUCGUGUGGGCUGAGAAAGCUCUAAAAUAUACUACUGAUUUAUUUCUAUCAUUCUCGAACGACAACUAUCGCCAGAAGAAUUGGGGGAGAACUAUCAACUUUAUUUUAACCUAUAUGUUAACGCUUAUGGAAAAAGAAAGCAGUUAUAUUCUUCCAUUUGAAUAUAUAGCGCGGAUGAUUCAAUCAAUUCAUAAGCUAUUGACAAAACUUUUGGAUCCACAACAGGAAAAAAAUACGUUUAAUCAGUACACAAUAGAUUGUUCAAAGGCAUGGUCUAUUGUAUACUACAUUUUAGAAAGAGAAGAUGACAUAACUACGGUUUCACGAAAAAGUCGCUCGAAAGAUGACGAAUCGUUCGCCUAUCAAACGGAUGAAGAAUCAUUAUGUAGUUCCAUUAUGAUGUUUUUUGUGGCACAUGAGCUCCUUGGAAGAUUUCAUUUCUCACUGCGCAGACGGCAAUGGUGUUCCAAAGAGAACAGCCGAAUUCUCUUCAUGAUGCUCGAUGUUAUUGGUCCUAAACUGAGAGCACCUUUAUUAGAACCAUAUCGUGAAAUCAUUAAUGAAUGUUUAGAGCAAACAACAUAUUGUCUCUACGGAUAUCCGCCGAAGAAAGGUAGAAUGCGUCAUGUUCAAGACCACGAAGCGAUACAAGAAUCCUUAUCUUAUGAGAAAGCAAUUCAACUGUUUGAUAUCUACCGACCCGAUGUGUUACCAGAAUUUAAUUCAUACAAAAUCGAUUCAAUAUCAGCAGAUGCGGAAGUAAUGUUUCAACAUAUCUUGUCAAUACUGUCAGACAAAUUUGAUAUCGCGAAACAAACAACUCCUAUGAUGAACUUUAUCAAUGACGCUGAUCAUACAUUACCACCAGUUUAUAACAAUGAGAUUUUGAGCUUAAAAAUCAAACCCAUUUUUUAUCUCCUUGCUGACUUCUAUUUCAAAAAUAGGGACUUUUCCAAGGCUAUUAAUUAUUAUGUUAUGGAUUUGACUAUUGAACCAAGACGGUUUGACUCGUGGGCUGGAAUAUCUUUAUCGAAAGCUAGUAAAUGCGAAACAAUGCUGAAUUCAACUGAAGUUUUGAGCCCGCAAGAUUUCCUUCGCCUAUCAAGUCAUGCAAUGAAAUGCUUUGAUCAAUGCUUAAAAGUAAACGAAAGCAAUUCUCAACUAUGGGUAGAACACGGCUCGUUCGCAUAUAAUGUGUAUUCUUAUUGUUCGAGAACUUUGAAGUUUUGGGAUAAAUCGUUUUCAAAUGAUAUGAAUCUCAACAUACCGAGCUUGUUUCAAAUAGAUCAUGACGUGUAUCAGAAGGAAUUCAUUUCAUCUCAAAAGGAGCAUUAUGGAAGUAUUGCUUGUACAAGUUUCAAUAAAGUUAGCUCUGAUGCCGCGCGUAAAGAUGGAAAAAAUAUUCGGAAUCUAGAAUGCAUUGAGGAUGAGAAAUGGUUGUACCACUAUAUGUUGGGCAAAAUUGCGGAAAAGAAAAGAGAUUUACCAAUUAUAUACUUGUCACAUUACUUUAAAGCGGCUAAAUGUUUAUAUGAAUGUCGUGCAACUUAUCCUAUCAAAGUAAAUCAUAGUAAUCCAUCGCAUCUCUCAAUAGAAGCUCUAGAAAUUUUCUAUCGUAUAAAUGCUGCAAUAAUGAAGUACGUGGAAGAACACUCAUUAAUUUGCAAAAAAACGGCAUUACUGUUCAAAACCAUUUUGAAAGAACUAAAUAUAAGCCCUUUUGCCGUAAAUCGUGCAAAAAUAAAUGAUUCUUCCUUUCAACAAAAAUUAACUAGAUCAGGCGAGUCUUCCCAAAUUGAAACCACGGAACAGGGCAAUAUUGCAUAUACCAAAUAUACUAGAGAUGAAUCCGGAUGCACAGAAAAGUUCGUAAAUCAGAAGAAUAGCGUGAUGUGUUCUACAGGUUUUCAUACUGUCCCAAACGAGUAUACCAAUGUCCGUAAGGAUCGAAAUAGUACGGAAAAAAAUGUUAAUGAUAAAUCAGAGCGUCGGUGUAGAAAAGCAUCUCAGGAAAGUGGUUCUGCUACAAAUACAACCGCAAGCAACGCUACAAGUUCGGUGUCUUCUGGCUCUGAAUCACCUACCUCAGUCAUAGAAAGCUCUGAAACAGAUUCUGAUGGCUGUAAUCGAGGAGAGGUAUCCAUAUCAACAAGUGACCGAGACGCAAUUUUUCAAGAUUGUAUAAAAAAUAUAGAGGAAUGUGUUUCAAGAUUUCCUGAACAUUACAAAUCAAUAUACCGACUGGCAUACCACUUCAUGUAUGCACCUGGUGCUACUCAAUCUAAUGAAAAAUGUCGUGAGUUAUUGUUGGGAAUGUAUAAAACUACACUAGGGAACCAAAUAGCCGGUCUGUUCACGGAGAGAAGAAGUAAUAAUUUUUUCAACGGAAUAUGGAGAAUACCGUCUUCUGAUAUUGAUAGGCCUGGAUGUUUCGCGGCACAUCUCUCAAAAUGCGUCAUUAUACUGAUAAAUACUUUAAUCCAAAUUAAUGAUCAUGAAACGCUUCUUGAUUUGGCCAUUCAGUUGUACCGAAUGCCUGAUUCCGACAAGAAAUAUUUGAACGAUUGGAAUCGCAAUCACUUGUUCGAAAAUUCAUUGGAUGCUUGCAUAAACAUCUUCUACAACGUAAUGAAAAGUUUGUCGGUGAGUAACAACGACAACGAACUACUAUCUUUACUGGUCAACAUAUUCAAAGCAUAUCGAAAAUGCGCUAAACAUAUACAUAUACAGAAAAAGGAAUAUGCUUUAUCCAUCGCUCUGGUUGAUGCCUAUAAAAUCUUCAUCAAAAACAAAGUAAAUUUAACGGAUAAUACCAACUUCUUGGAUUUAGCUAUCAAAUUGUGCACCUAUGAACUAAACUAUAGGAAAACAUUGGAUAAAAUAUAUGAAACAAAUAAAACUAUUGCUGGAAGUGCCGAGACAUCCACAACACUAAUAACUCCAAUGCGACCAAUUUCAGCGUCAUAUAUACCGGGUGUUUCCAAACAGCGUAGAACUACAGCAUCUAAAAUAUUAUCAGAUGGAACUCAAGUGAAGUAUAUACCUACAGGACCUUCUGCGAUCGUUUCUACUUUUUUGCCCGGUCUUACCAUAACGCCUUCAUAUAUACCGGGUGUUUCCAAACAGCGUAGAACUACAGCAUCUAAAAUAUUAUCAGAUGCAACUCAAGUGAAGUAUAUACCUACAGGACCUUCUGCGAUCGUUUCUAUUUUUUUGCCCGGUCUUACCAUAAGUGCUUUAGAUUUAAUGACUAAAACAUCCGAAACAGCAACGGACAGUUAUGAUAAUAAAACUCAGCCAUUUGUACCCCAUACAGACUACUAUUUAACAAACUUAAAAUCGAAAGGAGUUGCUGAACAUUCACAAAUGUAUUUAAACAAUUUUUCAAACACAAGUAACCGAGGGAUCUCAUUUGAUAACGAUGAAGAACGAUCCAUCAAUGAUAAUACAUAUUAAUGUACAGCUCCAACUAGUUUAUUUAAUCCUUUAGCUGUUGAUCCAUAAACAUAAAUGUCUGUGUUGAAAUUGUAUAACGAAUAUUAAA